UUUUAAUUCUCAGUCGAAUUAGAAUUCUAGCUACAUAUAUUAUUUGCUACUCUACUCUCUUCCACUACAAAUCAUUGCUUUUUGUUUUUAUUAAUGAAUAUGAAGAUAAGCCGAAGAAACCCCAGAACGGCGUCGUUUUUGGUGAUGAGGAUGAGGAUGAUGAUUAUUUUGUGGUGUGGAUUAUUGGCCGAAGCCAGGGUUAAGAUACCAGGAAACAAGACAGUUUCGGCGGUGAUUAUGUUCGGAGAUUCGAUUGUAGAUACCGGAAAUAACAACAACAAUAUCUUAUCUCUGGCGAGGUCUAACUUUCCUCCCUAUGGUCGCGACUUCAGAGGAGGAAAACCCACCGGAAGAUACUCCAAUGGCAAGGUUCCUUCUGACCUUUUAGUGGAGGAAUUGGGAAUCAAAGAGCUAUUGCCACCCUAUGCUGAUCCAAAUUUAACACCAAAAGACCUUCUAACUGGUGUGUGCUUUGCUGUUGGUGGAGUAGGAUUUGAUCCGUUGACCUCAAAACUUGCGAGUGUUCCACUACUAGAUGACCAAUUGGAAAAGUUCAAAGAAUACAUAGAGAAGUUGAAAGGAAUAGCUGGGGAAGAAAAAACAAAGUUCAUCCUGGCUAACAGUGUCGUUUUUGUGGUACUAAGCAGCAACGAUAUUGCUAAUACCUAUUUUACUGCUGGUAUUAGAAGAUUGGAAUAUGAUGUUUCUGCUUACACUGAUCUUAUGGUUGGUUAUGCUACUGACUUCGUCAAGGGCUUGUAUGGAUUGGGAACAAGAAGAAUUGGGGUUCUUGGGGCACCUCCAAUUGGAUGUGUACCAUCUCAAAGAACUCUAGGAGGAGGCAUAGAAAGGAAUUGUUAUGAUCAAGAGAACGAAGCAGCUAUAAUGUUCAAUUCUAAAAUCUCUGCAUCGUUGGAUUCACUUACCAAAAAUUAUGUUAGCCCUGAUACAAGACUUGUCUAUGUUGAUAUUUACUAUCCACUCCUUGACAUCAUUCAAAACCCUACUAGUUAUGGGUUUACUAUUUCGAAAAAAGGGUGUUGUGGAACUGGACUUAUAGAGGCAGCUUUAACAUGCAACAAAUUCGACACUACAUGCGUGGAUGAAACUAAUUAUGUAUUUUGGGAUGCUUACCAUCCAACUGAAAAGGCAUACAAAAUUCUUGUCAGUGGUAUUGUACAAAAAUAUAUUAACAAAUUUGUCUAAAAUCCAAUUAUCUUCUUUUUUUAAAAAAAAAAAGUAUAUAUAUCUAUUUAUAUAUCUGGUUUCUUUCAUCAUCACAAUGUAUUUCUCCUUUAUUAUCAUUUUAUUAUCAUAUAAUUGGGGGUAAAAGCAGCUAAUUUGCUUGGCUUGUAAUUAGCUUGCACAAAAAUGUAUUUCUAUCUAUUUUUAAUAUCAAUGCGAGUUCAGUCCAUGUUUUAUUUAA